GACCUGAGGUUACUUUUCCGGCGAUCUUUCCUUCUCUCUAGUAUGGAGGAGGUCGAUUAUUAUACAGUAUUGAAGAUUGAUCGAGGCGCUGAUGGCGAAUCAAUCAAGAAGGCGUAUAGAAAACUGGCACUAAGGUGGCAUCCUGACAAGAACCCUGAUAACAAGGAGGAGGCUGAAAGGCAGUUUAAGCUGGUAAGCGAAGCCUACGAAGUGCUUUCAGAUCCACAAAAACGGGAAAUCUAUGACACCUACGGUAAAGAGGGCCUCACCAACGGUGGCGUUGGUCCAAGCGACUUCUCCGCCUUCGGCGGUUUCCCGUUUCAUUUCAGAGAUCCCAUGGAGAUAUUUGCGCAAGUCUUCGGGUCUUCACUAUUUGAUGUAUUUGGGCCCAAUUUUAUCACGCCUGGAGUCUCGCGAGCUCAUCGUUCUCACGCGGGUUCUCGUGUUCAUCGACGUCAAAACCCUUAUGAGCCAAGUCGUCGUAACCCUUCAUCGUUUCAUGACUCAAGAGAUAUUAUGACUCCUGGGGGCUUUGGCGGCGGUUUUUUCGAUGACAUUUUUGGGGGACUGCUUGGUGGCUUUGGUGGCAUGAAUGGGUUUUCGUCAGUGUCUUCGUUCAGCAACAGCGGAUCGGGUGGUGGAAUGGCCAGGUCGAUGUCAUCGUCCACUCGCAUUGUUAACGGUCAAGUUGUCAGUACUACAACAGUUCGCGAAAACAAUGUUGAGACAAUUACAGAAACGGUGGAUGGGCGUGUUGUACGGACAGAAACGAGGCCGUGCGCCAACAAUUCAUCUAUUUACUUGAGUUUCUGA